AUGGCUUCUGAAGUAGAAAAGGCUCAGGCUGCUCACUCUUCAGAAGGAGAUACAAUUUUUGGCAAAAUCGCUCGAAAGGAAAUUCCAGCGAAGUUUCUUUACGAGGACGAUCAGUGUGUGGCUUUUGACGACAUCUCACCUCAAGCCCCUACGCACUUCUUGGUUAUACCUAAGAAACCCAUCAAACAAUUGGAUUCUGCCACUGAGGAUGAUGAAUCACUUUUGGGCCAUUUGCUCCUAGUGGCGAAGAAAGUUGCAGCGCAGAAGAACCUGGCAAAAGGCUAUCGGGUUGUGAUCAACAACGGACGCGAAGGCUGUCAGUCGGUCUACCAUCUACACCUUCACGUUGUUGGCGGAAGACAGUUAGGAUGGCCGCCCGGUUAG